ACCAAAGAUAGUAAAAUAGCCGAUAAAAUGUCUUGUUUAGUUUCACAAAGAUAAUUUAAUAUAAUUUAACGAAGAAGAAAUGAUAAACAACAUUUUCUUACCGACCGAUUAUAGAAAAAAAAACGGUUUAGGCAGACUUUAGUAUUACUAGAAACAAAUGAAGCUAGCAUGAAUGGAUUUCAAAUCUCAUUCUAUUGAAAAACGUUGAAGGAAGUAGUAAAGUUUCAUCAUGGCUGCUAUAAAGAAUAAAUGCAUUUUAAAGUUCGCUAAAUUAUCAGACAAAGCAUUCGCACCUACUAAAGGUUCUGAAUUUGCGGCUGGAUUUGAUUUACGAAGUGCUUAUGAGUGCAUUGUACCGGCUCGAGGCAAAGAAUUAGUGAAAACUGAUAUACAAGUUCAGGUUCCUUGUGGUACUUAUGGCAGAAUAGCUCCUAGAUCUGGAUUAGCGUGGAAAAAUUUCAUAGAUGUUGGCGCAGGCGUCAUAGAUGCGGACUAUCGUGGGAAUCUACAAAUAAUAUUGUUCAAUCACAGUGAACAAGAUUUUAAAGUAGCACCUGGAGAUCGCAUUGCUCAAAUAAUUUGUGAAAAGAUAGAAUAUCCUGAAUUAGAAGAAUUGAGUACCUUGGAUGAGACAACAAGAGGUGAAAAUGGAUUUGGUUCUACAGGGACAAAUUAAAAUAAGAAAGUUAAGACUUCCAAUCGAUAGAUGAAACUAACUGAUUAAAAACUUGUUCCUAAAAAAAGUACAGUAUUUUUAUAUUACAACAAGAAUAUAUGUUACUUUUAUUUCCAUUCUGUAUUUUUCUACUAUAAUGUAUGUGUGUGUGUUAUUAUUUUUAUAAAAUAUUAAUAUAAAAUACAAUUGAAUGAUAUAUUA